UAUUUUUUAUGAAACAUUGUUGUUGGUUUUUUUAGAUGGAGAAAUAUCUACUACAACACUUGGAUGAAGAAUUGAGGCGUUUACAAAGUAUGACCCAACAGAUGGAAGAGUGUAUUCAUUCAAAGAAUCACGAGGUUGAUAGAUUGCUGGAAGUAAUUUUGAGGGCAGAGGAGGGUAGAAAAAAUUCAACGAAUCAAAUUUUUUUUUAGUUUAGCAACAACAAUUGAUAAAAUAAAUAGUUUUGAAGGUCAAUGUUCAAAGGGGCAUAUGCAAACCGGUUUGGCGGAGAGUAACAUGGAAAAAGAUGCUAAACAAUUUCAGAUGAAGCAAUCUAAUGUUGGUGAAGUGAAAACUAAUGUAAUGACUUCAAUUGAAUGUGUAGAUGGUAAACCAGUAAAUAGUAGUGAGAGUGAGGUGAAGUUUGUCUCUAAUUUGAAAAGGAGUGGUAAUGUGAUUGAAGGUGAAAGUUCAAGUGGAAAGCGUUGUAGGACUGUGCCAAGCCGUAUACCCUCUUUUACCCAAUUUGGGCGAACAUUGAAGGAUUUAGGACACAUUAAGGGGAUUGAUGGUGUUGAAAUAAGAGGAUCUCAAAAGUCAUUAUCAGCUUGUAAAUUAUCAGUUAGACAAAGUUCAUGUGUUAAGGUAUUGAAUCAUUCUUUCUUAAUAUAUUUAGAGUGAAUUUUUUUUGUUCUUUUUCCCAAUUAGAUAAUAAAUAUUGAAAAUGUUAAAUAUAUAUCUUUUCAUGUACAGGGUGUGUCUGAGAUAUGUCCUGUUGGUCACGAUACUAGUAGUGGGUUAGAUGUUUUGGAACUUUGUAAUUUGAAGGAGAAGAAGGACGUUGGACCUUUUAAAGUUAAUGUUUCACUAGUUGAUGUUGAGAUGGAUAAGAUAAUCUCGUAUUUGUUUGAGAAGAGCUUAAAAUCAAGGUAUAUAUCGCCUGUACUAUGUUUUUUCUUUUUAUAAUAAUAAAAAAAAAACAGUAGUUAUUUUGCUAUUUAAAAGUGUGUGAAGAAGUGAGAUGUCAAAUAUGUCAAUUCUAGUGUUGAUAUUUUAUUUAGAUAAUGAUGUUUUUUAUUAUUUUAGGGUAAAUGGCGGCAAAACCACCAAUACUUUCGUUUUAGUUUCAUUAAACCCCCACAACCCAAAUUUCUGCGGGUAAACCCCCAAUACUCGGGUUCUGUUAGCAAUUUAACACUUCUGUCUAAAUUUAGCUGUUAACUGCCAAGUUGGAUUGUCCACGUGGACACAAUAUACACGUGGCACAAUUUUAU